UUCAAGCAAGACUUUGUUUGCUGUUUUUGUGAUCUUUUUUUUGCAUCGAGCCAAGUCAAUGGUGAGCUGGACAUGUUUCUCUACUCCCGAGUCUGGGGCUAGACCCAGCCCGGCCGACGUCCCAAUUACAUCCCGGACCAGGAUGUGGCCCAUGACAUGCCGGGCGGAGUCAUCCCGCGGGCUGAGGUCGCCCAUGGCCAACCUUAGCUCAACCUUAGCUCGUUGUGUACGGUCAAGAGAUUUGAAAGCCAAAGAUAUAAAAAAAUACGCAAAAAAAGGUAGCGGGGAGCUGGUCUCCUCGUGUUCUCCCCCCCAAGCUCCUCGAUGUUUAGCAGCGAAUGAUCGAAUCUUUUUUGUCCUGAGUUCACCUUUUGAUAAUCGGGGUUCAGCGAUGACGGCAAGGUGUUCGACGAAAUGUCCCUCAGAGAAUAAAAUACGCAAAAGAUUCUUUCCUUCGACAAAUGGGCUGCCUCUUUGUACAUAAACAAAGCAAGAUUAGUCAAUUUUAUUAACAUAACUGAUGACCAAAAAGCGAGACGCAGCAGAGCACGAUGUUGAAGGCACCUCUCUUCUUCCUUCUCUUCAUCGCUUCAUGUCUCGGUCAACCACAGGUUUAUAUAGUGUGUUUGAGAGAUCACAGGGGGUUAAAGACAAAGCAAGAAAUCCAUGAUCAUCACCUUUCCUAUCUUCUCUCUGUUAAGAGCAGCGAGGAGGAGGCAAGAAAGUCUCUGCUGUACAGCUACAAGAACAGCAUUAAUGGUUUCGCCGCAAUCCUGUCGGAAGACGAGGCUGCGCUGUUAUCGGGGAUGGAAGGAAUGUUUUAUGCUUUCCCAAGCCAAAGGAGGCAUUCUUUGCAGACAACAAGGACUUGGGAAUUUAUUGGGAUUGAAGAGGGGUUGGUGGGUCAGGAAAGGGAUCGGAUGCCGUCUCAAGCAAAAUAUGGGGAAGAUGUGAUAGUUGGAGUGUUGGAUUCUGGUGUAUGGCCUGAGUCAAAAAGCUUUGCUGAUGAUGGAAUGGGACCCAUUCCUCAGCGCUGGAAAGGAAUCUGUGAGGAAGGAGAUGCCUUCAAUUCUUCUUGCUGUAAUAGGAAGCUAAUUGGAGCUCGGUACUACGUCAAAGAUUAUGAGGCUUACUACGGCUCUCUUAACACCACAUACUCCUAUAGAUCCCCUCGUGAUGGUGAUGGCCAUGGCACACACACAGCCUCCACUGUUGCAGGCCGUGUAGUUCAGAAUGUGUCUGCAUUAGGCGGCUUCGCUCGUGGUACAGCCUCUGGUGGUGCCCCCCUUGCGCAUCUUGCCAUUUACAAGGUGUGCUGGCCAAUUCCAGGCCCUAAUCCAAAUCUUGAGAAUACAUGCUUUGAUGCUGACAUGCUGGCAGCCUUCGAUGAUGCUAUUGGUGAUGGAGUUGAUAUUAUUAGCAUGUCAAUUGGGCCAACUCGAGGGCCGCCACUGUAUUCUGUUGAUUCGAUGUCCAUUGGGUCAUUGCAUGCUACAAAGAGAGGCAUUGUUGUUGCAUGCAGUGGGGGUAAUGAAGGGCCAGAUCCUGCGACAGUGGUGAACUUAGCGCCUUGGAUGAUCACCGUUGGAGCAAGCUCCAUUGAUCGAGCAUUUGAUUCUAUGGUUCUACUAGGCAGUGGCAAGAUGAUUGAGGGUCAAACAGUCACACCUUAUGAGCUGAAGAAGGGAGAGAUGUACCCCUUAGUCUAUGCCGGGGAUGCUGAAAUUGAAGACACAUCAAUCCAUGUUUCGGGAAAAUGUCUCCCAGGCUCCCUCUCAGCGGAGAAGGCUCGUGGAAAAGUAAUACUUUGCUUCAGAGGGGCUGGCUUAAGAGUGGAAAAGGGGAUGGAAGUUAAGAGGGCAGGCGGAGCUGCAAUCAUAUUAGGAAAUAGCCCUGGGUAUGGGAAUGAGUUAGUAGUUGAUGCACAUGUCCUGCCGGGAACUGCAGUAUCAUCUGAAAAUGCACUGGAAAUUUUGGAGUAUAUCAAUUCUACAGAUGAACCUACCGUCAUGAUUGGCAAGGCUAAUACUGUUUUGGGCAUUAAGCCUGCUCCACUUGUCGGGGAGUUUUCAUCUCGAGGACCAAAUCUGAUUGAACCAAAUAUUAUCAAGCCUGAUGUAACAGCACCAGGCCUGAAUAUUUUAGCAGCAUGGAGCGAAUCAUCGUCACCCAGUAAGCUUGAUGGUGAUCGUCGAAGUGUUAAGUAUAACAUUAUGUAUGGCACAUCAAUGGCGUGCCCCCAUGUAAGUGCCACUGCUGCUCUCCUCAAGGUUUUACACCCAACUUGGAGCUCCGCUGCGAUAAAAUCUGCUAUAAUGACCACAGCAACUGCUGUCAACACAGAGGGCAGCCCAAUAACUACCGCGGCCUUAGACCCAGCAGGGCCCAUGGACAUUGGCUCGGGCCACAUGAGGCCCAGCCAUGCAGCGGAUCCAGGCCUAGUGUACGACGCCACCUACGAAGACUAUCUUCUCUUCGCAUGCUCAAGUAUAAAUGCACAGAUGGACGACUCAUUCCGUUGCCCAAAUAAUCCGCCGUCGACAUUUAAUCUCAACCACCCAUCGUUGGCCGUCACCGGUCUCUGUGGCGCCGUCAAUGUUACCAGAACCGUGACGAAUGUGGGCCAGAGAAAAGCCCGGUACAAUGUGAGCGUGGUCGAGCCCAAUGGGCUUAAGGUCGACAUCCGGCCCAACUCGCUGACAUUUGAAGAAGCGGGCGAGAAGAAGAGCUUUGUUAUCACCCUUACAGCUGAUGCGAUGGGGAGUGGGGGUUACGUGUCUGGUGAGUACAGUUGGAAUGAUGGGCUGCAUACGGUGAGGAGCCCAAUACUUGUGUCUUUUUGUGAUCAGGAAGUGGACCAGCCCUUUACGUUGUAAUGGGAGGAAAUUGUGGGCUGCAAGCCCAUAGUUUGUUGUAAUUUAUGUCGUUAACAACUUAAUAUCAUUCUCUUACUUUUAAAAGCCUUGAAAAUGCGAAUAGCUUAAUAUCA